AUGAUUUGGACAUUGAUGACUGUCAGCACUCUCCUUCUUGGAGUUGUCACAUCUCCGACUCCAUCUGCACCACCAGCGACCGCCACAGAGGAGGGACCCUGUCGCAUCCUCAGAUCUGGACGCUCUGCAGACUGUGUGGGAAGGCAGCUGGAGACGGUCCCGUGGAGACAGUUCCCAUCAACAAUUGAAGAAAUAGAUCUCUCUUACAAUAAACUUCAAGUUGUAACCGGAGCAGACUUCAUCCACCUGCCUCAGCUUCGCUCCCUUCAGCUGUCCUUCAACAACAUCUCGCACAUCCACAGUGACGCCUUUAAAAGCAACACGCGACUGGAGCACGUGAACAUUUUCAAUAACUCCUUGCAGGAAAUUCCUGCCGCAGCUCUGUCACCACUGUCGAAUCUAAAAGUCCUCCUCAUGUCCAAUAACCUCUAUAAGCAUGCCACUCUGGCGGACAGCUUCUCCAGAUUCGACAAACUGCAGGUUUUGUCUAUGGGUGGUCCUCUGGUGAUGGGCCUGCAGAAAGGAGACUUCCAGGCCUUAAAGAACAUCACGUUACAAGGUUUUGCCAUCAAAUGUUCCUCCAACCUGAGUUACUACGAGCCUGGAAGUUUACAAGUCAUUCAGACCAGGCAGAUGGGCUUCGACAUGGCCAUAGAUCAACAGCCAAGUGCUCUCCUGCACAUGUUACAAGACCUCGCCAACAAGACAUUCACCGACCUCCAAUUCCGUAACCUCUUUGAAUUCAUGUACUACAUGGGAAAGGAGGACAUUUUCCAGGGCUUAAAGCACAUAAGAGCCAGUAGGAUCAUCUUUCACCGAGGUAAAUUCAAUGAAAAUCUCCUCCGGAUGUUUUUGUUGAACGUGCAAGAGGCACCUGUCAAAAAUGUAAGACUUCAGUACAUCGACUUUGCCCGCUCACCAACGUUUGUGGAUAGUGGAGAAGGAUCGAGCAUCACAGCCCUGGACCUCGAUGAGCUUGAUCUUUGGUACAUCAGCAAUCCUGAUGUGCUGCGAUUCGACUGGCGUUUCACUUGGCUCAACAAAGUUAAGAAAGUCUCCUUCCAGUAUGUGUACUUCAACUCGGUGCCAUGUGAUGCCUGGGUGGAGAUGGAAGGUGUACAAAUUCUGGAUGCCUCCAACAACAGACUACAGAGUGACUUCCUUUACAAUCAGCUUUGCGACUAUAAGGGCACCAUGCCAAAUCUACACACUUUCAACUUGAGCACCAAUGAAUUAACCAGCUUGAAGGAUUUGUCUUCUCUCACGAGGGAGUUCCAGCAGCUCCGGGUGAUGGAUAUCAGUAACAAUAAACUGGGAUCUGCGGAAAGCAGCCAAGACUGUGUCUGGCAUCAGAACGUCCAGCGCAUUAUCGCUCACCACAACCAGUUCGCAAGCGGCGCUCUCACCUGUCUGCCCAGCACAGUGCUGCACUUGGACCUCUCCUACUGCAACCUGGACCAGCUGGACAUGGCGUACUUCGAGAGAGCCACCAACCUGAGAGAGCUGCUACUGAGUGGGAACAAAAUUAAGUUCAUCCCAACGAAAUGGGAAAGUCCGUCUUUGCAGCUGCUGGCUCUGGAUGGAAAUUCCUUUGGCCUCAUCAGCAAGGAGUCUUUCCAGCACAUGCCUCGGCUGUCUCAGCUUCGAGCAGGAAACAACCCUUACCACUGCACCUGUGAGCUCCACGCUUUUGUGGAAGACACUAUCUCAAAAGGAAAGAUUAAUGUCACAGACUGGCCCUCAAACUACAAGUGUUACCACCCAGACAACUUCCUGAACACUCGCAUAUCCAAAUACUUUCCCAGUCGCGUUGCAUGCGACAUCAGGCUGGUCAUCGUGAUCAGUGUCGCAGCUACAACCGCGGUGCUCCUGGUACUUGCUGUGAUUUGCUAUGUCUUUGAUCUCCCUUGGUACACUAAAGCCACGUAUCAGAUCAUCAGGGCCAAAUACAGAGCUCACCAAGAGAACGUGGUCGGGGAGCCAGACACUUUCACAUACCACGCCUUCAUAUCGUACAGCCACUCCGACGCUGACUGGGUGAGGAACGAGCUGCUGCCCUGUUUGGAGAACAACAGGAACCCGUAUCGUGUUUGUAUUCACGAGCGAGACUUCAUGCCGGGGAAGUGGAUCAUCGAUAACAUCAUUGACAACAUUGAAAACAGUCGCAAGGUGAUGUUCAUCCUCUCUCGACACUUUGUUAACAGCGAGUGGUGCAACUACGAGCUGUACUUCGCUCAGCAGAGGGCGGUGGGGAAGACGUUUAGCGACGUGAUCCUGGUGGUGAAGGAGCCCAUCGACCCGACCUCCCUGCCCAGCAAGUACUGCAAGCUGAAGAAGAUGCUGAGCACAAAGACGUACCUGGAGUGGCCGCAGCAGGUUAACCAGCAGGCGUUUUUCUGGGCGCAGCUGAGGAGCGUCCUGGGAAAACCGUCCGUGUCGCGAGAGGCAUCGCACAGCGUGAAGAGUCGGACUUCGUCCACCGGAGCCAGUGGUGCGGCUGGACGCCACAUGGACAACGGCAUCGCAGGAGUACCUGAAGCGGAGGAAGACGCUCAGCCUCAAAUUCUAUCAGAGGCUAUGUGGCAAAACUAUUAUUGA